AUUUUUUUCAACCAAACAACAAUCUAGUCCAAUUCCCAUUUCAAUUCUACAAACAAACACCCACUAAGCUGACCAAUCUCUAGCCUCUCUUCCUCACAUGGGCCACUACAACUGUUCCCAAAUCCUCCCCAGUUCCCUUUUCUUCCCCAAGAAUUGUUCGCCACUAAGCGCAACCCAAGUUUCCUCAAAAGGGUUUGGUCAAUCUAGGGUUUUGGGAUACUUGUUUGCAAAUUCAACAAUUCACCAAGUACCUUGUAUUGUUGCAAUGCAAGAAGAUAACACUAAGUUAAGAAUUCCGCAUGUUCUGACUGUUGCUGGUUCUGAUUCUGGAGCUGGUGCUGGAAUUCAAGCUGAUCUCAAGGCUUGUGCCGCCCGUGGAGUGUACUGUUCCACUGUGAUCACAGCUGUCACUGCUCAGAACACCAUUGGAGUUCAGGGUGUGAACAUGGUGCCCGAGGAUUUUGUUGCAGAGCAAUUAAAGUCCGUGCUGUCUGACAUGAAUGUUGAUAUUGUGAAAACAGGCAUGCUUCCUUCCAUUGGCAUAGUGAAGGUUCUUCAUCACUGUCUCAAGCAGUUCCCAGUUAGAGGCAGCUUUAGUCGUUGACCCUGUAAUGGUAUCUACAAGUGGAGAUGUACUGGCUGGACCUUCCACACUUAUGGAAUCUUUAGUGGGUUUUGAUGAGGGCAGAACAGCAUUGACAUCUGAAGAAGGUGGAGUGCUUGCAGUGGUCGAAGUUCUGGAAAGUGGGUCUCUUCAAAGCCGUGAGCACGCAGUGGAUGUGUGAGGCUUCCUCACCAGAGUGUUUCUCUCCAUUGUUACUUGGAAUCCAAAACAAACCAAUACUUUGCCUUUCUUUCUUUUUCUCUUCCCUUUUCCAACCUUCUCCACUCAUUUAUUUUAUUAUUAUUUUGUACAAAUCCAACCCAUCCUUUUUCUUUUUCAUUCUUUCCACACACUCAUGUUCCCCACUCAACUUUUUUACUCCAUCUUUUGAAAAGCAACCAACACACCCGCCCACAACUUUAAAUCUCCCAUUUCUUUUUUAAUUUUUUAUUACUUUCA